AUGCAGCUGUCCACCUGGCUGCAUCCUGUGCACGGAGGGGGCAUUGCUUCACCACGUCCCGUUUCUCUGGACGCCAGCGGCACAGGACGUCAUACAACUUUACAGAAUCUGCUGCACAGAGCUGCAGCGGGCAGUGACCUUGAUUCUCGAGCCUGUGGGCAGCCACUGGCACUAGCACGCGAAGAAGCACAAAGGCGAGGAGCACUGCGUUUGAAUGAAUCAUCCCUUGCAUGGGAGAGCCUGGACAAUACGCAGACUGUAAGCAUCCCUCUCCUUCUGUCGGAUCUACUUCAUCAAGCUGUUCAGAUAUCUGGCGAUGCUGAACUCAAGCACGAUGCUUCUCAUGUCGUUCUCCUAGUUCCCCGGCUUCUUGCAAGCAUGCCUGCCGCCGCUUUACAAGUCUGGGUGCUCUGUGUGAACUUUUCGCCGACUGGCUUGCAGAAUUUCCUUUUCGAUCUCAGCCGACGUGGAUCCGUGCGAUGGGACCUGAACGCAUGUUUCGAGAAUUCGCAGGUUUGCUGUGGACAAGGCGUACAUGGGAAGGUGUUCGUUGGCAGCAGCCGUUCGCGGGAUGAUGCUGUCGACAUCGAGACGGAAAGGGUUGCCUUGAAGGUCAUGGCAGAUGACAGUACUGCCGACUCAGUCAGCAGGGAGGUAGCCUUCCUGCUUCGUUCUCACCACCAUCCUAACAUAGCAUCUCUGUUCGGUGUGUUUUCGUCCCCGACGGACUCCUUCAACUCCAGCACCUGCUAUGUCUUGGUAAUGGAGCUUGGAGCCGUUGGCGAUGUGGCUGCCUUGCUCGAAAGUGGAGCAGUUUCCCGGGAGCGAGCAAUGCAGAUAAUGAUCAGUCUUACGUCUGCGUUAACUCAUCUGCACGGCUUACGUAUCAUCCAUCGCGAUGUGAAGCUUGAAAACGUGGUCCUUUGUCAGGACUCGCGGGCGCUUCUUAUCGACUUCAGCAUAGCUGUUGCGUGUGACAAUGGUGAUGAAGUGCAGACAACUGCUGGCACACCGGGAUAUGCUGCCCCGGAGCUUCUUCGAGGCGACAAGUACGAUUUCGCAGUGGACAUCUUUGCGGCUGGCGUCUUCCUUUAUGCCUUGCUCUGCAGAACGAUGCCCUUUUGGUCCGAGAGCCAAGACCUCAUGGUCGCCAACACCUUACACCGGAAGGUCCGCUUGCCGCAGGAGGUCACGGGACAGGGCCUACGGCGGAUGCUUUCGCGGAUGCUUUCCAAGGAAGCCUGGAAGCGGCCCUCGGCCGAGGAGUGCCUGGAGUUCUUCUCGAAGGCUUCGAUGUCUUUGCUGAACGUCGGCUUGAACCAUUCAGAGAAGUGUAUGGCUGUUCGUUCUGCUUCUCAGCAUUUGUCCCGUGCUCUUACAGGUGACGACCUGGGCGGAAAGCAUCUCUUUCCGGGCUGGAUGUGGCUCUGGCCGUGGUCCGAGGGCCUGGCUCAGGAGAUUGCGAGUGCUGUCGCGAAUGCCACCACCCAUGCAGCAAACUAUGUCCUGAAGGGAUUCUUCCUGCAGAGAUCUCAUGUUUUCCAGCUUCAUCAUGAUCUUUGCGUGGGCAUGCGUUUUGGAAUGAAAGUGCCCGGAAGCUUAUGA